UUGAAAUGGCGGACGAGAAAGAACAAAAUAAAUGUCGAGAAGAAAAUGCUACAAAUUCCUCGAGAUGUCCUCGUAUUUUGACUGAAAAUGAGAGAAUUAAAUUAACGAAAGAUAUCAAUUUAAUUUCUGAAUUUAAAAGGAAUAAGCUAGAAAAGGAGGCGCAGAAGAAUUGGGACUUAUUUUACAAAAGAAACUCGACAAAUUUUUUUAAAGAUCGACAUUGGACGACUCGGGAGUUUAAAGAACUUUUAUGCUCAGAGUCAGAACAGCAGGAUAAUAAGGUAUUGCUUGAGGCUGGAUGUGGAGUUGGAAACUUCUUUUAUCCUCUCAUUGAAGAGGGCCACAAUUUUUAUGUACAUGCUUGUGAUUUUUCACCAAGGGCAGUGCAGUUUGUUAAGGAACACUCAUUGUUUGACUGCAGUAAAGUAAAUGCUUUCCAAUGUGACCUCACACAAGAUCAACUGACAAAUAACAUCCCUGAAUGCAGUGUGGACUUGGCUACCUUGAUAUUUGUUCUGUCAGCAGUUCAUCCAGAUAAGAUGCUGUUAGUUUUACAAAAUAUCUGGAAGGUUCUCAUGCCAGGUGGAAUUCUUCUGUUCAGAGACUAUGGGUUAUAUGAUCAUGCAAUGCUUCGUUUUGCACCUGGCCACAAGUUAUCAGAUAAUUUUUAUGUAAGGCAGGAUGGAACAAGGGCUUUCUACUUUACUACAGAAUCCAUAGAGAAUCUGGUGCAGGAAGCUGGCUUCAACAUUCUUGUGAACGAAUACAUUGAAAAAAGAACAGUCAACAAAAAAGAACAAAUUGAUGUUCCUAGAAUUUUUGUUCAAGGAAAGUUUUCUAAACUUAGCUAAUAUUAAAUGCAAUUUUUUUUAGAAGAUAAACACAAGAUGUACAAUAUAUAGUACUUAUCCAAAAUGGGGGAUACGUAGGGAGGGAAAACAGGGGAUGGGGAGUGGGAAAGUGACUUAGGAGGAGAGGUCAUUAAUACACAGGUUAGAUACACAUUAGUGUUUAUAUAUAAGUGUCAGUCUUGGAUCCUUUGUAGGACUCCAUUUGUGAUCAACACUAAUGAUGGCUAAGAAGGACACUAGAUUUACAUGUACAUCUUAUGAUAAUUUUUAUUGGGGAAAGAAAAAGACAAAAGGAGUAAGUUGUUAUAUCAUAAUUUCCCAAAACUAUGAAUUAAGCCUCGUAACUUUAGCAUGAGGACGUCUUGACACCCAGCAUAAAUAGACCUUUCCCAAAUUCACUUGAGUGACUAUGAAACAAUGGUUCCAAGUGAAGGUUGCACAUUUACUGUAUUUCAUCAAGUCCAACCUUGUCUUAGAACCUUUGUUUCAUGGUCACUCAAACAAAUUCAGGAUCACUCUAUUGUAAGGUUUGUUGGUAGAGUGAAUUUUUUAGGCUAACUGUUGAAUAGUUGAUGUCAUUUAAAUUAGAUAACUUAUUUACUAUUUUAGUUGACAUCACAUAAACUGAAAAUUCAUGUGACAACGAUCUGAAAAUCAGGGGAGAAAACACAGAUGUAAUCAACUGUCUCUUCACACAUUCUCUGGUAAAAUAAACGCCCAAAUUCACAUGACCGUUACUUUGAA